GCCACCUCGAUUGACCUUUGUCUCGACAAAUGCCCCAAUUAACCUUGUCAAUCACCACAUUAUCCCCCCCCCCCCCCCCCCCCCCCCCCCCCCCCAAUCAUAUAGGAUGUUGCAUGCACCAUUUAUGGCGGAUUAUGCUAAACAAAUUCUCAUUCUCAUUUACAUUCGUAAACGGUAAACCAAUGUCACUCAUCACCAUGCCCAAAUGAGUGACAUUUUUUUUAUCGGCUUCCGCGUUGUUUUUGAAUACUCGUUGAUAACAUGUAAUCAUAAACUAAUCAUUAAAAGUACGAGAAACAUACGAAAAUUAAAUUAUAAGGAGAAAUUACCGUUAUUAAAAGGGUCAUAAACGUGUUGUUGGAAUUCGAAAAAUGAAAUGAAUGCGUUUAGGGUUACGUUAUUUUUAAAUUAUAGUGUAAGAUGGAGGAGAGAAUGAAUUGACAGUAGAUAAUAUAUGAAUUACAUGUGAGACGAUUAUGAAUAUGGAACUGUGAACAUCUAAAUCCAUCCCCCAAUCCAAUCCUACUCCAAAAUUUCAUCAUUGAUAUUACUCAUACACGCCACAUAUCCAAUCAUCACCAGAAUUCUCCUCAUUGACAAAUUGAGACCAAGAUUGUGGUCGAAGAAUUGCAUCUUAUUCCAAAGUUGUAAACACCAUAGGAUUAGGGGUGGCUAUACGGUCCAGUCCGAUUAAAUUGGCCCAACUUGAUCCAGUCCAGUCCAGUCUUUUUGAAAAUAUAAGGACCAAAGAUUGAAUUGGAUACAGUUCGGUCUUGAUCCGAUCCGGUCUUGACCCGGUCCGGUUCCAAUUCGGUCUUGAUUUUAUAUUGAGGUUGUGGGGAUUUGAGUGAACUAAGGCCUGAACGGGUGAGGGGUUGAUUAAGUUUUGUACUAUGUGCAAAGGUUUGUGACCGUUUAUGCAAAUUACCCUUAAGUUUUGGGUGUUGAGCUCUCUUAUCCGGUCUUUAUCCAGUUUUCAAUCCGAUCCCAAACGAUUUUUUACCUCAAAUCUAAGCCCAAAGAUUGGAUUGAAUUGUUCACUAACCGGUCCCGGUCCGGAUUAUACGAUCCGAUGUCGGAUAAAACCAAAAAACCCGGACCAAAUAGCCAACCCUACAUGGAUGUCAUCAUUGGCAUGAGGUAGGGACUAGGGAGUAGGGACUACAGACACCAUUCAUGGGCAUUAUUGAAGACCAAUUGCCAUCCUUGCAACGCCUGCCUAUUAAAUAUUAAUAGAAAGGGCAUCCAGCCCAACAGAGUUUCUAAAAAAGACUCGGGCCGAAAAUCCACCAAAGAAUAAAAAGGCCCAGCGCAGAUGUAAAUACUCGCCAGCCCGCAUAAACCGAUAGAAAGAGAAUCCCGAUUCCUAAUGAAAUUUGGCAUUCCAAGAUACGAACGAACUUCACAUAUUUCCGAGUCGGAAAUAGCUCCCAACAAUUCCUGUAGCAAAACAGACCCCGUCCUCUCUUGAUAAAUACAAGCAAGACUUUCUCUCUCCUCGCCUCUCUCUAUUUAUAAAUCUACCACCACAGCGACCUCAAUCCAGAACUCUCCCUCACUCCGUCCAUUAUUAUUCCUUCCUUCACUCAAGCUGUUUACUUUACUGACGAACUCUCCCCAAAAAGAUAACAAUGGCGGACAAGCCCGAAUCUUCCGAUGCGAAAUCGGGGAAGAAGGACUUCUCCACCGCGAUUUUGGAGAGGAAGAAGUCGCCGAACCGUCUGGUUGUUGACGAGGCCGUCAACGAUGAUAACUCCGUCGUCGCGAUGCACCCUGAUACCAUGGAGAAGCUCCAGCUCUUCCGCGGCGAUACUAUUCUCAUCAAGGGCAAGAAAAGGAAGGAUACUAUCUGCAUUGCUCUUGCUGAUGAGACUUGUGAGCAGCCAAAGAUUAGAAUGAACAAGGUUGUUAGGUCUAACUUGAGGGUGCGACUUGGAGAUGUUGUUUCUGUGCACCAAUGCCCUGAUGUUAAAUACGGAAAGCGUGUUCACAUACUUCCAAUUGAUGACACAAUUGAAGGAGUCACUGGAAACCUUUUUGAUGCAUAUCUGAAGCCUUAUUUCCUGGAGGCUUAUCGUCCCGUGAGGAAGGGAGAUCUCUUCCUUGUUAGAGGUGGCAUGAGAAGCGUAGAAUUCAAGGUCAUUGAAACUGAUCCAGGGGAGUAUUGUGUGGUUGCCCCGGAUACUGAGAUUUUCUGUGAGGGGGAGCCAGUGAGAAGGGAGGACGAGGAUAGGUUAGAUGAGAUUGGUUAUGAUGAUGUUGGUGGGGUCAGAAAGCAGAUGGCCCAGAUCCGUGAGUUGGUUGAGCUGCCCUUAAGACACCCUCAGCUCUUCAAAUCUAUUGGUGUUAAGCCACCAAAGGGUAUUCUGCUGUAUGGUCCUCCUGGUUCUGGAAAGACAUUGAUAGCCAGAGCUGUGGCUAAUGAAACUGGUGCAUUCUUCUUCUGCAUCAAUGGACCUGAAAUCAUGUCGAAGUUGGCCGGGGAGAGUGAAAGUAAUCUGAGGAAGGCUUUUGAAGAGGCUGAGAAAAAUGCCCCUUCUAUCAUCUUCAUUGAUGAGAUUGACUCCAUUGCCCCCAAGAGGGAGAAGACACACGGUGAAGUUGAAAGGCGUAUUGUCUCACAACUCCUGACUCUCAUGGAUGGACUUAAAUCUCGUGCCCAUGUGAUUGUGAUGGGUGCUACCAAUCGUCCAAACAGCAUUGACCCAGCUCUCAGAAGGUUCGGACGAUUUGACAGGGAGAUAGAUAUUGGUGUCCCUGAUGAGGUUGGACGUCUCGAGGUUCUUCGCAUCCACACAAAGAAUAUGAAGCUAUCUGAUGAUGUCGAUCUGGAAAAGAUUGGAAAAGAUACCCAUGGAUAUGUUGGUGCUGACCUUGCUGCUUUAUGCACUGAAGCUGCACUUCAGUGCAUCAGGGAGAAAAUGGAUGUUAUUGAUCUGGAGGAUGACACCAUUGAUGCUGAGAUACUGAAUUCGAUGGCUGUUAGCAAUGAGCACUUCCAAACUGCUCUGGGAACCAGCAAUCCCUCUGCUUUGCGAGAAACGGUGGUUGAAGUACCAAACUGUAGCUGGGAGGACAUUGGUGGGCUUGAGAAUGUUAAGCGAGAACUUCAAGAGACUGUUCAAUAUCCUGUGGAACAUCCCGAGAAGUUUGAGAAAUUUGGCAUGUCACCGUCAAAGGGAGUUCUGUUCUAUGGCCCUCCGGGUUGUGGGAAGACUUUGUUGGCUAAGGCAAUUGCGAAUGAGUGCCAAGCAAACUUCAUCAGUGUCAAGGGCCCUGAGCUCUUGACGAUGUGGUUUGGUGAGAGUGAAGCUAAUGUCAGGGAAAUCUUCGACAAGGCCAGACAGUCUGCACCAUGUGUCCUUUUCUUUGAUGAGCUCGACUCCAUUGCAACUCAGAGAGGAGGCAGUGGUGGUGAUGCAGGUGGUGCUGCUGAUCGUGUUCUGAACCAACUUCUCACUGAAAUGGACGGCAUGUCAGCAAAGAAGACUGUCUUCAUAAUUGGCGCCACGAACAGGCCCGACAUCAUCGAUUCGGCACUCCUCAGGCCCGGACGUCUUGACCAGUUGAUCUACAUCCCUCUUCCUGAUGAGGACUCACGUCAUCAGAUUUUCAAAGCAUGCUUGAGGAAAUCACCAAUCUCGAAGGAUGUUGACUUGAGGGCAUUGGCCAAGUACACUCAAGGCUUCAGUGGUGCUGACAUCACCGAGAUAUGCCAGCGAGCUUGCAAGUAUGCCAUCAGGGAGAACAUUGAGAAGGAUAUUGAGAGGGAGAGGAGGAGGAAGGACAAUCCUGAGGCGAUGGACGAGGACGUCGAUGAUGAGGUGGCAGAGAUUAAGGCAGCACACUUUGAGGAGUCGAUGAAGUAUGCACGUCGCAGUGUGAGCGAUGCAGAUAUCAGGAAGUACCAGGCGUUUGCUCAGACAUUGCAGCAGUCAAGGGGCUUUGGAUCAGAGUUUAGGUUCUCGGAAACCUCAGCCGGAGGUGGUCCAACAGCAGCAUCUGAUCCGUUCUCAGCCCCAGCUGGUGGAGCUGAUGACGAUGACUUGUAUAGUUAAGUGAGAAAGAAAGGAUAGUAAUCCGCCAACCAAGAGAUCGUAGCAGUGGAAAUGCUCUCUCUGGUUCUGGUAGAGAAAACAGUUCUUUUGUGUCCUUUUAUGGUUUGUUUGUUGAGAGGCCGUUGUGUACUAUCUGGGUUAGUGGGCUAGCGCGAACAUUUGACAUCUGCGUUGCUGUGUUAAUGUUCUGCACUGUUUUUAUUUAAGAUAAGGUUAUAACUUAUAAACGUGUUAUCAGCUAUGUUAAUCAGUUUCACUGCUUUUCUCUGUGUAUAUCACUCGAUGUUUCGGCCAUAGCUGCAGGUUGUCACGCAUAAAAGUUGAAGAAAUCCCUGUUGAGGGUUUGAUCCUCAACUGUAUGCCAAGAUUUGUCAGAUAGUAAUCUAACAGAGCUUGCGUUUGGCAACGUCCAAUUUGCCUCUGUCAUUAGCAGCACUAAGAAAAAAUAAUUCCCAGA